CCUACGUCAGCAGUAGGUAGGCGGAAAAGCGGCAGCAGUGUGUUUCUGUGUAUUUGGAGAUAAAGCCAAACCGGGUGUUUUUAUCAAGGAGAUUCAUACAGGGGAUAUAAAACUAUAUUAGCCGUUAACCCUGCUGAAAUGGCGGUUCCUGCGGGUCAAACAGAUCUUCAGACGGACAGAGGCGGCCUGAGCGGUCAGACAGUCCCCUCUGAAAACAACAUUGACAUCGACGAGAAAGAGUUGGAGAAUAUCACAAAGAAACACCGAGAAGACGAGACGACAGCGCUGCCUCUGCACUCACCUUGGACGUUUUGGCUGGACAGGUCAUUACCUGGCACGACGGCUGCAGAAUGUGAAUCUAAUCUGAAGAAGAUCUACACCGUGCAAAGUGUGCAGAUGUUCUGGAGUGUAUACAACAACAUCCCUCCUGUCACAGCCCUGCCUUUGAGAUGUAGCUAUCACUUAAUGCGUGGAGAACGGAGGCCACUUUGGGAAGAAGAAAGCAAUGCAAACGGAGGAGUAUGGAAGAUGAAAAUACCAAAAGAAAGCGCUUCUGCAGUUUGGAAAGAAUUGUUACUUGCUACUAUUGGAGAGCAGUUUGCAGAUUACUGUGCCUCAGACGAUGAGGUUGUUGGCGUCAGUGUUAGCGUUCGAGAUCGGGAAGACGUUGUACAAAUCUGGAAUGGAAAUGCAUCUCUUGCUAACGAAGCAAAUAUCUUGGGGAAAGUCUAUGAGCUCCUCCCGAACAUAUCUUUUAAAGCUGUUUUUUAUAAGUCACACAUGGAGCAUCAUGCCUUUGAAGGAGGACGCUCAAGACAUUAGAUUGUAAUGCACUUUUUUUUAUUUUAACCUGAACUCUGUACCAGCCUUGUCGUAAAGGCACUGUCCACAACCUAAUCAAGGAUAUUAUUUUGCUUUCAAGGAAAUGUUAUCCAUAUAUUUUUAUAACUUUUAACGACUGAUGCCUUGUUUCAUUUUGAUGUGGGUCCUAAAGCUCUGAGCUCUUCGGAGAAUGUACAUCCAGCAUUAAUCAGUUCGUAAGUUCAUGUUGGUUUUUGACUUCCUCUUGUGCUCAACUGCACUGUCAUGGUCCUGUUCUCUGCACGGCCUAUGGACCUCACAAUUCAGUCCUGGUAUAGAGGUAGCAGCUACAUAACCUGGUGUGCUUUAACUGUUUGAUAUUUAAGAUAUCUCAAUUCAUGUCAUGUUUUAAUUAAGUCCGCUUAUUCAGUGCCAAAGCACUUCUCUGCCGUCUAAGAAGUUUGUAUCCUAAUGGUCUUUUAUUCCCACUUAAUUUUUUUCCCACUUCUGGGAUAAAGUGAAUGGGGAUGAAGUGAACGUCCCGUUUGCUUUCUUGAAACUUCAUCAACUGUGCAUGAAACUUAAAUCAGGGUAACACUUGGAAAUAUUGCACAUGACUACCUAUUCCAAUCACAGUGUCCCUCAGUUAUAAAGCCAUCACCGGGAAUCAGAACAUAUCCCAACACAGAUAUGGCCUGAAGAGACUCCAGAUUUGGUGUCUCAGAUGUCUUUAGUUACAGAGCAGAACCCGUCCUGAAAGGUGCCUCUUUGAAUGUUGUCAGCCACACCACACUUUAACAUUUCCCUCCCCACGUGUGUGGACGUGGACCCUCCGCUCUCCUGAAUGGAGUCACGGAUUGUUUAGUGCAUUACUCUCAAGAGAUACUGCACAUUCUUGUGCUCAACUAGUGGUGCUCCUUAGUACUUGUCUGUCCCCCCCGUCCCCCCCCCCAAAACCGAUGAUUCUAGUUCGCUUACUGGACCUUGUCCUAACAACCAUACACACAGACAGCAUUAUUUGCUUUAAAGGAAGUAACAUUAGGUCAUGCUAUUCCCAUAUUUAGCAUGACUUUGUAGAUAUACUAUGUCAGAUUUGAUCAUUAAGAAAUGUCUAAUAAAUGUGGUGAGUUUCAGUAGUCAUUGAGUCAAUGUAGACUGCUGCUUCAAAGCAAAGUACACUUUAAACCACAAUACUAUACAUCCAUUAUGAUAAAUACCAACACUAGUAAUAGCAAAACAUAUUUUUCUAUCUGAUCGCUUUAGAAAUCUGGGCCAUUUUAUGAGAUUUCAUCACCCAGCCUGACUUACCUUCACUAACACAGUUAACAUACUGUUGCUUUAUUGCAGGAAACUGAAUGCCACUGGUAUUAUUAUCACACCACUUUUAUAGAUCCACUUUGGACUGGUUGAUAAGUUGGUUAUAAGGGGACAGUAUUUCCUUUGUAAAUAUGAUUUUUCGCAGUGACAUGGACAAAGUAAAUAAAAAAUGAAAUGAAAGUGCAA